UAAUGUUGAGUUCAGGGCAUACAUCACGAUGGGCAAUGUUACAUAUCUCAAGACAAUAAUUCUUCAAUCUUCCAGCAUCAUGACUACUAUGAACAAUGAAGCCACCACUCCAAAGACCACACAUGCUUCCAGCAUCAUGACUACUAUGAACAAUGAAGCCACCACUCCAAAGACCACACAUGCUUCCAGCAUCAUGACUACCAUGAACAAUGAAGCCACCACUCCAAAGACCACACAUGGUAAUAACAACACAACCUCUUCUAUGAUCAACAAUACGACAACACAGAUUUCCACCUCAGCUGCAAAGAAAUCCACGCCUCAAAAUGCUGCAGGAAUGGUUAUCGGAUUUAAGCCACUGUAUGCAUGUACCUGUAUGCUUCUGCUCCUUGUAACAGCCCCAGAGCUGCUGUCACAAAGGGUACAAAAUGCUGACCUCCAGUAGUCAUGGUUUAAAAGCUAUUUGUAACAACAAUUGUCCUUUCACUCUAUCGUAUCAAACUUAAGGGACCAA